GUGUGUGUAAACGUUUGUGUUGUGUGUUUCAGUGUCAGAUCUUGCUCCGGGAGAGAGCGGAGUGGAUGACAUGAGGAUGCUGGAGCAGAAGGCACAUCAACUGGCUGUAGAGGCCGAACAGGACAAACCCAAACCCAAAGACAAGAUCCUUUUCGUCAGAAGUGACACCUCUCGCAGUGAACUCGCCCAACUGGCCAAACAAGCUAAUCCUGACGAGAUUGACAUUGAUGAGGAUGAGGAUGCAGAAGAUGGGGAACCGGAUGAAGUCCAGUUGGAGCAAAAGACUGUCCCGACUGCUGUCUUCGGAGGACUAAAGGACGACUGAAUAUGUUGCUGUAACCAAGAAACAGAGAAAAUUAUUAGCAACAUGAAUUAUGUAAAUGGUUUGCUACACUUUAGCAAUACCAAUUCAGAACACAUGGUGUCACUCUUUGCAACAUUUGUAUGCUUUCCUUUUUUAUUUUCAUGAUGACAUUGGGUAGAUAAAAUGUUAAAGCGCUGUUUUUCCUCUGUCUACUGUACAUUAAAAGAUCAAUCCCCAUGUAUGACA